CAGUAGAUCAAUUCCCUUGUGAUUCCGCACCACUACGACAGGACAUAGGUACAAUAGCAUCUGAUCUUCCGUCUUAUCAACAGACAAUUCUAGACAACUCUACGAUAUUCCUUGAAAGCAUGAUCCAUCCAGUAUGGCAGGGAUGAGAGUUCUCUUUCGCCGUGUGAUAGACAGCGGUGUUCGUCCCCGUGGUGUCGGUCGAGAAGAUAAUCUUUCAAAAAGGUGGCGAUCUUCUUCCGCUGCGAUACCUUCAGCUUUCUUCGAUGGAGACAAGGAUUUCUCGUUUUUGCAUUCUCUCCCAUGGCAAUUUCUUCGUGCUUCCGACUCAGCUAAUUUUGAUCUCGAGACAAGUCAAAGAAAAGACGUGUUGUACAAUCACGACGACGGCAGGCCCGAGUCACGGAUACCCGAUUCGUUGUCGCAGAAGUGUGUGUCUAUCGAAAAAGUAGUGGCAGAAAACGACAAGAGAUGCAAGAUACUUUGGAACGACGGCAAAUGGUCACACCACGAUUUUGAAAAAUUGGAGGAGCAAUAUUUGAGUUGGAAACAAAUUCGACCCGAAGAUCGGAUACUAUGGAAAAACUUGACCGAAGCAGAUGUAAGGCAGUCUUCAGAUCUUUCUAUUGCCUUUGACAAGUUGAUUGCAGAUGAUGGCUCUGGUAUGAGCAGGGCUCUCAAGACAUUGUACGAGUAUGGCAUUCUACUUGUCACAAAGACACCUGUUGAAGACAACGGGGCCGGUAUUGCUGCCCUCGGUGCUGCUUUGAGCGGGGGCAGUGUGAAAGAUAACCCUUCGGCAUCGUUGUUGGCGAAUUAUCGAGCGGGAGGGACGGACGUUGUAUUGCCAGAUGGAACCGACGGACCUCUCCGCACUCUGUACGGAGGAGUUUGGGCGACAUCCUCGGCCGGCCAGCCCGACGGAACUAGUGUCGCUGAUUCUGCAUAUGGAACCGAUGCGCUUCCGCUUCAUACUGAUUCUACCUAUCUCCAGGAUCCACCUGGUUUGCAAAUAUUUACAAUGGUUCGACCUGCUACGGUUGGCGGAGAGAGUGUGUUCUGUGACGGAUUGGCGGUUGCUGAAACAUUGAGAUCUCUUUACCCAGACGUCUUUGAUAUUCUCAGCAAGACCAAUCGCACGUUUCAUUCGAAAGAUGAAGUAACCGGCUGGUAUCUAAAGGCAACAGCACCAAUGAUUCAAGUGCGCCAUGGUCGUAUAACUUCUAUACGGCACAAUGACUUAGACCGUCUACCGGAUUUACCACCGAAUGGCGAGAUUGGAGCAGAAGCCAUUGAUGCAUUUUAUGAAGAUCUGGAAAGCGCCCACAGAAAGUGGGAUUCUCUCAUUGCUGACGACGAAUUUCGACUGGUGCUGAAACUAGAGCCGGGCGACACAAUAGUUGUCGCAAACCAGGUACGUAGAUUAUUUGAUCCGUUGUUCAUAUUAUUUCGUUUUGGAAGAAACUAUGUUCUCAUUGAGUUCCCAAAUAUCUUCUACGUACUUAGAGAUGUUUCCACGGACGGCACAAGUUUGGGGCAACUGCAAAUUCACCCCGGUCGGUGAUGGGCUGCUACAUCAGUCAGGGUGAACUUUUAUCUCGGUUUCGAAUGGAAGGAUUUGAUGUUUGAUUGUCAUGCAAGCAAACAAUGAAAGGUUUUUCACCGUUGCCGUUGUCAAACAAAAUUGUGACGAAAAGAAGGCUUUCAAUAGAGGUCCUUACACGAUGAAACGAUUUUGAAACAUAUAAAAAACAAAUAUUCUU